UCCCUCCAUGCCGCCAUGGCCCCCCGCGCCCCCCGCGCCCCCCGCGCCCUGGCCCUGCUGCUGGCGAUCGGCGCCCUCGCAUCCGCGUGGCCCCCCCAAAACUCCAGCGUUGGCGAGGGGAGAGCCUGGGAGGGCUCGUUGGAGAGCAGCCCCCCGAAAUGGGACCCGGCGAGUGGAGACGCCCCGGGGGGACCCAGCAACAGCACGAGCGGCGGCGGGGCCGCGGCAGGACCCCAGCUAGAGCCCCCCGGGGGGGACACGGCCACCACGGAGCCGUCGGAGGGCGAGGCCAGCGCCGUGCCCCCCCGAGCCGUCACCUGGCCCGGGGCCGGGGGCACGGUGCCGGUGGCCCUCGGCAGCCCCGAGGAGCCGGGCAGCGGUGAUCGGCCCACGCCGGCCGCCCCGCCCGGCCCGGGGGGCUCCGGGGGGCUCCCGGCCGCGCUGCCGAGCCCCCCCGAGCCCGGCGAGCCCGGCCCCGUGGCCGCCGCCGGGGGGGACUCGGGGGGUCCCCCGGAGCUCCGGGCCGCCGCCCCCAGCCCGGCCCCGGCGCAGGGCGCCCGCGGCUGGACCGACCUGACGUGGCUGCGGGAGCCCGGCACCGCCGCCACCGGCCCGCCCGAGGCGCCGGCCGAGCGGACGGGCUCCGACAUCAUCGACGUCGACUACUACGAGCUGUUCGAGGGCGGCGAGGGACCGGGGCGCUUCCCCGGGGGCGGCCGGGGCGCGGCGGGCCCGGCGCGGCGGCGGGAGCCCGAGGGGGCGGCCACGCCCUGGGCUCUCCACGAGCUCUACGACGACUUCACGCCCUUCGACGACGCGGAUUUCUACCCCACCACCUCCUUCUACGCCGACGGGGACGACGAGGACGAGCUGGAGGACGACGAGGAGGACGACGAGGAGGAAGCCGGGGGCCUGGAGGACGAGAACGGCUACCGGCCGCCCGCCUCGGCCGCGCCCGGCCCGCGGGACCCCCGGCCCACCGGGCACCGCGCCGCGGCCCCGCCGCCGCCGGCCGGGGGCGGCCCCACGGGCUGGCCGCGGCCCGGGGAGCGGGGCCCGCCCGACAACGGCUCCGAGUGCCGGAGCGGCUACGUGCGGCACAACAGCUCCUGCCGCUCCCUCUGCGACCUCGUCCCCAGCUACUGCCACAACGGCGGCCAGUGCUACCUGGUGGAGAGCCACGGGGCCUUCUGCCGGUGCAACACGCAGGACUACACGUGGCACAAGGGCACACGCUGCGAGUCCAUCGUCACCGACUUCCAGGUGAUGUGCGUGGCCGUGGGCUCGGCCGCGCUCGUGGUGCUGCUGCUCUUCAUGCUCACCGUGUUCUUCGCCAAGAAGCUCUACCUGCUCAAGACGGAGAACAGCAAACUGCGCAAGACCAAAUACCGCACCCCGUCCGAGCUGCACAACGACAACUUCUCCCUGUCCACCAUCGCCGAGGGCUCCCACCCCAACGACGAUCCCAGCGCUCCCCACAAGCUGCAGGACUCGCUGAAGUCCUGCCUGAAGGACGAGGAGCCGUUCAACAUCCACAACUCGACGUCGCCCAAGCACGAGGGCGGCAAAGGGGAGCAGGACGCGGGGGAGCCCAACUGCCUCCAGAACAACCUGACGUGAGCGGCGGGUCGGGCCGGCGGGGCCGGAGCCGGGCGCCCCCGGCCGCAGCUCUCCCCCGGCCCGCCUCCCUUCCCGCUCCGUGGCAUGCUUUGGUGUGGUUUGUACCGAGGAAAACAAAAGUUCCAGUCAUAA